UGGCUCCAAGUCCUACCAAAGAAGAAGUAUUGUAGCGACUAAGCUAAUUACAGCAUAGCUGUUGGUCACGUUUGCGUAUAGCCUUCGAAAAGCGUUGCCAUCUACACCUUUUUGCCAAAACUUCAGAUUCUGCCAUGGCUCGGGGUCAUCAGAAGGUCCAGUCUCAGCAGAAGAAUGCCAAGAAGCAGGCAGAGGCCAAGAAGGCCAAGGGACAUGACCAGAAGACAGCCGCCAAGGCAGCUUUAGUCCACACUUGUGGUGUCUGUUUGUCACAGAUGCCAGAUCCUAAGACAUUCAAGCAGCAUUUUGAGAGUAAACACCCAAAGUCGCCGAUGCCCCCAGAGCUGGUCAACGUAGACUCUGGUAUUUGAAUGAGACUCCACUGAAGACUACAGCUGUGUUCCUUGGUCAAGGCAGAAAACACUUCUCCUCCAUGUGAGGAUCCACUACCACCCAUCGAACAGCUGCAGUCUUCACACUGUCUACUGGUCCCAGUUAACUCUGUGCCCUCCUGUCUACUGGUCCCAGUUAACUCUGUACCCUCCUGUCUACUGGUCCCAGUUAACUCUAUACCCUCCUGUCUACUGGUCCCAGUUAACUCUGUGCCCUCCUGUCUACUGGUCCCAGUUAACUCUGUGCCCUCCUGUCUACUGGUCCCAGUUAACUCUGUGCCCUCCUGUCUACUGGUCCCAGUUAACUCUGUGCCCUCCUGUCUACUGGUCCCAGUUAACUCUGUGCCCUCCUGUCUACUGGUCCCAGUUAACUCUGUGCCCUCCUGUCUACUGGUCCCAGUUAACUCUGUGCCCUCCUGUCUACUGGUCCCAGUUAACUCUGUGCCCUCCUGUCUACUGGUCCCAGUUAACUCUGUGCCCUCCUGUCUACUGGUCCCAGUUAACUCUGUGCCCUCCUGUCUACUGGUCCCAGUUAACUCUGUGCCCUCCUGUCUACUGGUCCCAGUUAACUCUGUGCCCUCCUGUCUACUGGUCCCAGUUAACUCUGUGCCCUCCUGUCUACUGGUCCCAGUUAACUCUGUGCCCUCCUGUCUACUGGUCCCAGUUAACUCUGUGCCCUCCUGUCUACUGGUCCCAGUUAACUCUGUGCCCUCCUGUUUACUGGGCUGGAGGGUCUGAACAGGUACUGGUAGAGUUCACCAGAUUGUUUCCACUUGACAGAUCGGCUGACAUGUUGGGGUUGGGAUCAAGAGAAAGGGUAGAUAGGAAAUGGCUGGCUGACUGUCGGUCUCAUGAGCUACAAACACUGUUCACAAAUCAUGGAUUCAGAAGUCAUGUUUGUUAAAUUGUUAGAUGUCUUUGUGUAGAGCUCUUCAUCUUACUAUCCAGUUUGUCCCUGUGGAUCACAUUUGAAAUAGACAUCUCAUUAAUUGUUUCCUUUAGGUUAUAAAUCUUGUUGGGUAAAAAUGAGCAGAUGAUUACAAUCCCAAUAGUUUGAGAUUGAAGAUAAUCUGUUCUUUAAGAUAAUUCUCUUCUAUCUGAUCAAACUGAUGAUUGUUAUUGAAUUUCCAAGCUGCCACAUAAUGAGCAUCAUUUAUACUUUUGGAAAAUGCAUUAAUGCCCCAAUUAUGUAAUAUAACAUUCAAUAAAGUUUUACUUUGUAUAAUA